ACCGCCGAGCCGACGGCCGGAGGGACGCGGCGCAGGCGCUGGGCCAGCGGGCCCUGAGCGCGGGCGAGAGCCGCGCUCGGCGAGUCGGGCGCUCGCGGCCGCCAGGCUCCCGAGCGGCGCCCUCCUCCCGCCGGUGCCAGAGCCGGGCCAUGGGGGGCAGCAUGCUGGCGCGCGCCGCCUGAGGACGCCGUAACACCCGCCCCCGCGAUGGGCGCCCCGGCUUGCGCCUUCGCGUUCUGCGUGGCGGUGGCAGUCGUGACCGGCGCCGCCUCCGGGCCCCCGGGCAUGGAGCAACGCGUCGUGCGGAGAGCGGCAGAGGCCCCGGGCCCUGAGCCUGGCCAGCAGGAGCUGGUCUUCGGCGCCGGGGAUGCUGUGGAGCUGAGCUGCCACCUGCCCGCGGGGGCUCCCACGGGGCCCACCGUCUGGGUGAAAGACGGCGCGGGGCUAGUGCCCUCAGACCGCAUCCUGGUGGGGCCUCGGCGGCUGCAGGUGCUGAACGCCUCCCACGAGGACACGGGGGUCUACAGCUGCCGGCAGCGGCUCACCCCGCGGGUCCUGUGCCACUUCAGCGUGCGCGUGACGGAUGCUCCCGCCUCGGGGGACGACGAAGAUGGCGAGGACGAGGCCGAAGACGCAGCAGGGGCCCCUUACUGGACACGGCCCGAGCGGAUGGACAAGAAGCUGCUGGCCGUGCCGGCUGCCAACACCGUCCGCUUCCGCUGCCCGGCUGCCGGCAACCCCACUCCGUCCAUCUCCUGGCUGAAGAAUGGCAAGGAGUUCCGAGGCGAGCAUCGCAUCGGGGGCAUCAAGCUGCGCCACCAGCAGUGGAGCCUGGUCAUGGAGAGCGUGGUGCCCUCCGACCGCGGCAACUACACGUGCGUCGUGGAGAACAAGUUUGGCAGCAUCCAGCAGACGUACACCCUGGACGUGCUCGAGCGCUCCCCGCACCGGCCCAUCCUGCAGGCGGGGCUGCCCGCCAACCAGACGGCCGUGCUGGGCAGCGACGUGGAGUUCCAUUGCAAGGUGUACAGCGACGCCCAGCCCCACAUCCAGUGGCUUAAGCACGUGGAGGUGAACGGCAGCAAAGUGGGGCCCGACGGCACGCCCUACGUCACCGUGCUCAAGUCGUGGAUGAGUGAGAGUGUGGAGGCCGACGCGCGCCUCCGCCUGGCCAAUGUGUCCGAGCGCGACGGGGGCGAGUACCUCUGUCGAGCCUCCAAUUUCAUAGGCGUGGCUGAGAAGGCCUUUUGGCUGCGUGUUCACGGGCCCCAAGCAGCCGAGGAGGAGCUGGUGGAGGCUGGUGAGGCUGGCAGUGUGUACGCGGGAGUCCUCAGCUACGGGCUGGGCUUUCUCCUCUUCAUCCUGGUGGUGGCCACCGUGACACUCUGCCGCCUGCGCAGCCCCCCCAAGAAGGGCCUGGGCUCGCCCACCGUACACAAGGUCUCCCGCUUCCCGCUCAAGCGACAGGUAACAGUGUCCUUGGAGUCCAGCUCGUCCAUGAGCUCCAACACGCCGCUGGUGCGCAUCGCCCGCCUGUCCUCGGGGGAGGGGCCCACCCUGGCCAACGUUUCGGAGCUCGAGCUGCCUGCCGACCCCAAGUGGGAGCUGUCCCGGGCCCGCCUGACCCUGGGCAAGCCUCUUGGGGAGGGCUGCUUCGGCCAGGUGGUCAUGGCAGAGGCCAUCGGCAUCGACAAGGACCGGGCUGCCAAGCCCGUCACGGUGGCCGUGAAGAUGCUGAAAGACGACGCCACCGACAAGGACCUGUCGGACCUGGUGUCCGAGAUGGAGAUGAUGAAGAUGAUCGGGAAACACAAGAACAUCAUCAACCUGCUGGGCGCCUGCACGCAGGGCGGGCCCCUGUACGUGCUGGUGGAGUACGCGGCCAAGGGCAACCUGCGGGAGUACCUGCGGGCGCGGCGGCCCCCGGGCACCGACUACUCCUUCGACACCUGCAGGCUGCCCGAGGAGCAGCUCACCUUCAAGGACCUGGUGUCCUGUGCCUACCAGGUGGCGCGGGGCAUGGAGUACCUGGCCUCACAGAAGUGCAUCCACAGGGACCUGGCGGCCCGCAACGUGCUGGUGACGGAAGACAACGUGAUGAAGAUCGCGGACUUCGGCCUGGCCCGCGACGUGCACAACCUCGACUACUACAAGAAGACCACCAACGGCCGGCUGCCCGUGAAGUGGAUGGCACCCGAGGCCUUGUUCGACCGCGUCUACACCCACCAGAGUGAUGUCUGGUCCUUCGGGGUUCUGCUGUGGGAGAUCUUCACGCUGGGGGGCUCGCCGUACCCCGGCAUCCCAGUGGAGGAGCUCUUCAAGCUGCUGAAGGAAGGCCACCGCAUGGACAAGCCGGCCAACUGCACACACGACCUGUACAUGAUCAUGCGGGAGUGCUGGCACGCCGCGCCCUCCCAGAGGCCCACCUUCAAGCAGCUGGUGGAGGACCUGGACCGCGUCCUCACUGUGACCUCCACCGACGAGUACCUGGACCUGUCGGUGCCCUUCGAGCAGUACUCGCCGGGCGGCCAGGACACGCCCAGCUCCAGCUCCUCAGGCGACGACUCGGUGUUUGCCCACGACCUGCUGCCUCCGGCCCCACCCAGCGGCGGGGGCUCGCGGACGUGAAGGGUCGCAGGCGGCGGGCGGGCCGAGCCCCCAUCAAUGUGAGAGCGGACCCCAGCCCACCGUGCGGCUGCCACGGGGUGACCACGCGUCCCACCGGCCAGACCCAGACGGGUCCGGGUGGGCGGACAGACGGCUUUGUGGGUGUG